AUGGUCACAGCCAACAGCCGCCCACAGAGGGUCCAGACAGGCGUCUUCCCCGAGGGCCACACGCGCCCUCCAGCGAGGCCCGGCUCCCGACUCCGGAGGAGGCCGGCGUCCCAGACUCGGGAGAAGGAGACGGGCGAUGGAAUCGCGCCUCGGGAGGAGGCAUGCCGGCCACACAGGAGAUCUCGGCGGGUGCACCUUGAAGCCACUAAGGCUGCUCGUCUGGAAGCAGGUGCCGCCGAGUUCCGGCCGAUCGGCAAACUGAUCCCCACCGCGGCACGCCCUGCUGCGUGGAAAGAGGCUGGGAGAUGCGUCAAGGCCCGCGUCCGGCGGCGGUUGGUACCUGGCGACCAUGAUUGUGCGUCUUUGUAA